AGCCAGAAGUCUCGAGGUCGCGAAUAACAGGGGACGGUCUUCUCACCAUGGAGCCGUCCCGGUUCGCUAUGGAUUCAUCCAAGAGUCAAGUCUGACCGCCCGUAAUCAUGUCUACCGAUAAGAUUACUUUCCUCACCAACUGGCAUGCUACCCCGUACCACGCCCCCUUGUACCUGGCCCAGAAGAAGGGAUACUUCCAGGACGAGGGCAUCAAGGUCGCCAUCCUGGAGCCAAACGACCCUUCCGAUGUCACCGAGAUCAUUGGAAGCGAGAAGGUCGACCUGGGCUUCAAGGCCAUGAUCCAUACCCUUGCUGCCAAAGCACGAAACUUCCCAGUCCUGUCAAUUGGUUCUCUUCUCGACGAACCGUUCACUGGUGUCGUCUAUCUCAAGGACAGCGGAAUCACCACCGACUUCCGCUCCUUAAAGGGCAAGCGUAUCGGCUACGUUGGAGAGUUCGGCAAGAUCCAAAUUGACGAGCUCACCAAGUACUAUGGCAUGACUGCUGAUGACUACACCGCCAUCCGCUGCGGCAUGAACGUCAGCAAGGCCAUCAUCCAAGGUGACAUUGACGCCGGCAUCGGUCUCGAGAACGUCCAGAUGGUCGAACUCGAAGAAUGGCUCGCCAGCCAGAACCGUCCCCGCUCAGACGUCCAGAUGCUCCGUAUCGACGAGCUGGCUGAGCUAGGAUGCUGCUGCUUCUGCUCCAUCCUCUACAUCGGAAACGAGAAGUUCAUCUCCGAGAACCCGGAGAAGGUCAAGAAGUUCAUGAAGGCCGUCAAGCGUGCUACCGACUACGUCUUGGAGAAGCCCGAGGCCGCAUUCGAGGAAUACGUCGACAUGAAGCCCGUCAUGAACACUGCUGUUAACCGCAAGAUCUACGAGCGCUCUUACGCCUACUUCAGCAAGGACCUGAAGAACGUCUCGCGUGACUGGGAGAAGGUCACCAAGUACGGUAAACGAUUGGGUGUUUUGGACGAGUCCUUCAAGCCAAACUACACCAACCAGUUCCUUACCUGGGAGAUGGAGCCAGAGUCUGCCGAUCCAACCGGCGACCAGAAGAAGAUGUGUGCUCUCCAGAAGAAGGUUGCUGAGGAGGGCGGGUUCAAGAGAGUCCAGGUCUCCGUUUAA